CAUCAUCACCCCUCUCCGCUUACCCUGAAGCUUCCCUUGUUACCAAACAAAUAAUAAGUUUUAUUUGAGCUGACUACUUGGGGGUUCGCUUUGGUUCUCAAUAUUUCCCCGCUUAGUUCCUGGCCUCAAUUGUUUUAUGAUACUGCAGUUCAUCCAGAGCCCAUCCACAUCCACAUACGGUAUCUAAUUCUUUUACGGUGCCACUCAAAAUGUCAACUGCCGAAACCACUCGUUCUCUCGACACCCCCCCGUCCUCGGACUUGGUUUCGGGGGAGUCCCCUAGAGAGGGCGGUUCCGAUUCUAUGUCUAUAUACUCUCCCAAACCAAAGGUUAUCGGAAACGGUUACUACCUUGGGUCCAAUUCUGGCAUUGAUCCAUCGAUGGAAACCAUUGCUCCACCGGCUCAUGCUUCGCCUACACUUCUGACUGUGAAUCCCGGGUCUCGCUCGGACUCGGCAAUGCUUCUAGGUGAAGAGGGACAGAUUCCUCCUUCGAUUCUUAGUCCGGCAUUUACGCCUCCCACAACUCCUAGUACUCCACUCAUGGGACUGGCAGAGAACACAAGCCCACCAAUGCUGAUGGAAGAGCUGCCCAAGGUCAACUGCAUGGUUAGAGCUAGGAUUCCGACCACCACGGGAACCGAAAUAUUUCUCCACCUGUACCAGAAUAACAUUGAUAAUAAAGAGCACCUGGCCAUUGUAUUCGGGAAUAGGAUCCGCUCUAGAUCGCUCGACGCCCCACGCGAGGGGGAGACCGAAAUGGACCGUAUGAUCAGAGGCGCCUACACAGGUAGGCUCUUCCCAGGCCGUACUUCCUCCCAUGCCGAUGACUCCCCAAUGUCCUCCCAAGUUCCUAGUCGCGCAGCUUCCUCAACAUCUCUCUCCAACAUGGCUCCCACCACCCAAUUAACCACCCCAGGAAGCGGCACCCGCACUGCCCCCCUCGUUCGCAUCCACUCGGAAUGCUAUACCGGUGAAAUCGCAUGGUCCGCUCGCUGUGAUUGCGGCGAGCAACUAGAUGAGGCUGCUCGCCUCAUGUCCUUGGAUCCGGCUGGUGGAGUAGUAGUUUACCUCCGCCAGGAAGGACGUGGCAUCGGCCUCGGGGAGAAGUUAAAGGCAUACAACCUCCAGGACCUAGGCAAUGAUACGGUCCAAGCGAACCUCAUACUCCGACAUCCCGCUGAUGCGAGGAGUUAUGGUCUUGCCACAGCUAUAUUGAUGGAUCUAGAGUCGGUCAAUAUUAGGCUUCUCACAAAUAACCCGGACAAGAUUGCUGCUGUGGAGGGGCCGGGGAAGGAGGUUAGGGUUGUGGAGAGAGUGCCUAUGAUUCCACUUGCAUGGCAGAAUUUGAAGGGUGGUGUUACGGGGAAGGAGGUGGGCGACUAUUUGAGGACCAAGAUUACCCAGAUGGGUCAUUUGCUUGACCUCCCGGCCAAUGGAAACUAGUUUAAAAGUCGGGCAUUCCAAUUGGAGUGUUGCAGAUACAUUUCUCUUUCAUUGAUUCAUUUAUUCCAUUUUUUUCAAUUUUUUAAUUAUCUUUGGCUCUUCCCUGAGUAUUGUAUAUACUUUGUCUGGGUACACUACAUACGUCUUGCUUUACUUUUCUUUCUGCUACAUGAAUAGUUUAGAUUUCUUUUCUUCUCUUUUCCUUUUAUUCAAGGCGCUCACGGUGCAUAAUACCUUUUUUUACCUCUUAUCUUAUUUUCAUUCUUCAUACAGGGAACAGAUAGGCAAAUUAAUGAUUGCAUGUAUUUACGAAUACAAAGUAUGAUACGUACA